AUGGCUUCUCUGUUUGUGUUCCAGUGUGCAUGGGGCUUUAAAGCUUCUACACAGCAGAAACCCGUCAGCCUGACUUACCGAUGUCCCUGUCGAUUCUAUGAGAGCAACGUGGCAAGAGCUAACAUUAAGCACCUCAAAAUCCUCUCCACACCCAACUGCUCACUUCAGAUUGUUGCAAGGCUCAAGAACAACAGCAAGCAAGUGUGCAUUGAUCCCAAGUUAAAGUGGAUCCAGGAAUAUCUGGAGAAAGCUUUAAACAAACCACGUCAUCGCACUCAUAAAAAAAAGCAACAGAAGAAACGGGGCCUACUCUGCCCUUCCCGUGCAACACCACUAAAGUCUCCAGGGAGAAAAAAUGGAGGUUCAAGAUGUAAGAGGCAAGCAUUGUAAGCCGUCUACAGGAUUUCUUACUGUAGGACCCAGAAAGCAGAUAACCAGUAUUAGGGAAUGAAUACAUUUCACUGUUACCAUGCAACACAAAAGCAACGCUUCAUGCAUUUCCAAGCCUUUUUUUUUUUUUUUUUGCACAAAUUGGCUUGCUUUCACAGUGCUAUUUUCAUGUAGUAAGAUGUAUUUGUUAUUGAGAAAAAUAUCUUUUUAUACAGGUUGGUUUAUUACCUAGCACUGAGGGCAAAUAUGAAUUUAAACUAACCCUAUGUUAUUAUAUAAUAUUUUAUUUCCUUUGCUAUGUAGAGAUCCUGCUUUAUUUAACUUUCUUUUGGUUCAUGCAAGUCUCCUGGAGAUAUAAACACAGAAGGACAUGAACUGUACAGUGCAAUGACGUUGUGUAGGUAGCGGUGGAGCUCCUUGCCCCCAAAAGUCACUGAGGCCAAGAACAUAGGAAGGCUCUAAAAAGCAUCAGACAUAGAUAAAAGUGGACAACAUUAUCAUGGGUAAUUAUUAUAGGUGUUUUGACUAAGGGAUUAAACUCAGGGCUACAGGGCUAAAGCUACAGGGCAGUUGGGUCAGUACACAUCUGCUUUGCAAGGUGCUGGUACAUUAAUUUGUAGCAGCUGAGUUAGUUAGGAGCCACAAUACUGAUCUGAUGUCACCUGGCAUUUCCUAUGUUCCUGUGUUUCUGACGACAAGUUUUAGCACCAAAAGGAAUGAAUGGAUUUUUAAAGAUCUAACAAUAUGAUCGUGUUGCAUAUUGCAGGAGCAGUCAGAGAUGCUGCCAUGCACCAGGUGUUUGUUACCACCUAUGGGCAGGAGGUGGUUUCAGCUAGCCUGGCUGGCUUUGCACCAGCGUAGAUGGAGGAGCAUUUACAUGACCCUUCAUCAGCAAUGCUGUAGCCUCUGUUACUGAACAGUCACAAGUACCUGAGGGUGGUAACAUCUUUGAUUGCUCUGCAUAGAUCCAAAAGAGGAUGUCUGGCCAUGUCUUUGGAGAAAAGAGAUACUGGGGCAAGAGAGAAAAUAGUGAGGGUCUGCUCAUUUUGCCAAAAGAGUGGUGUUUCUUAGGUGUGGAAAUGAAGGCAAACGGUAACUGUUCACCAAUAGUAGUGGUUCUGUUUGCAUGUGAAACAAUAUAUCUUCUAGAAUUUCCUGCACAAAGUACAUCCAGGGACAAAUGCCACUUCUUGCACCAACCCCCUCUCUCAGCCAGAAAUUUCUGUCUCCCAAUUCUUACCUGUAUAAGCAAAUAUCUUUGUUGUAUAACCUAUGGAAAAAGACACCUGAAGUACUGCAAUAGUCAUGUUAUGCUGUGCACUGAGAUCUGGGGGAAGCACACAUUGUCCAAACUUUGUGCGGCGCAGUACUUAUAUUUGUAUGCCUCUGUGUGUGUGUAUUGUAAAACAAAAACUGCAACUGUCUAACAUUGUAUGUUUUUGUUGGGUGUGUUGCUUCAAAAGGAAUCUUCCCUCUUACUUGCAGCCUGUGUCAGGAACACUUAAAAAGUAUGUUUCACUAAUCAUUCCUUUUUGUGGCAGGCAUCUUUAAUGCCAAAGAGCCGGUUUGGCUAGCCAGGGACUGCCUUAUUUUCCAUGUGGAUUCAGGUAACAAUCUUGUAAGUAUUUUCCUGUCUGCAAAAUGGUGCUAUUACACAGAGUGCUUCAAUUGAGACCACAUCACCUCUUUUGCUUUUAAGUAGGAACCAAGUGCUAUGCCUAAAACAUGUGGGUGUGAGUUUGUCUUUCCCUCUAUUGUUAUCAUUACCAAGCUGGUGCUAUCAUUUAUCUCUGUUUUGUAAAGGUCUGGUACCACUGUACCUGGGGUGAAUUUGACUGUUGAUAUCAAUUGGAGUAGGAUCAGAACCUCUGUUAUAGGGGUAAAAGCCGAAAAAACUUGUAUGAGAAAACUAGAGUCUUUUGCAUCUUCCCUGGACUUUCCCUGGACUGCACUUUAUAUCCUAGGGCCCAUCUCCUGUCCUCACACAAGCAUCUGCAACUGCUAAUGGUUUGCCAAGAGACUGACAUGUGAAUGUGAAAGCCAAGAAUGACUUUGGGGAAAGAUGGAAGAAUUUUGGUUCUGAUACAGACAUGGAGCUUGUCUUUCUCACACCCAUUCUUGACAUGUGCUUGACAUCCAACAACAGGUUGAGGUCUGAUCCGUUCCCGUUGGAGUCAAUGGAGAAUUAAAUAAUCCUCUGUUUUUGAUUCAGCAGCAUACCUUCCUGACGAUAGGGACCACGGAGAUUUCAUUUCUAAGGGGAAAUACUGGCUUUCCCUUAAAAGUAACAGUAAAGAAGAGAAAUCACCAGUUCAGGCUUACUAUUUGAACAGCUCACAGUGUUGGGUAUGAUAUUUGGGCACCCAAGCAAGAUCCUGCAUUUGGGCAUAUCCCUGGCUAUCUCAUGUCCUUCCAUUCCUGUCUUGUCUCAAAUUCACUGUAUUUCAGACCUCUAUAUAAUACGAUGACCUUAUGGGGCGACAGUCUUGACAGCAUUCUACUCUAGUCCCCACUAACAGGGAGUGCACUGGGAUCAGCACCAGCAGGGAAUGGUCUCUGGGCACAUCCCCACAUCACAGCCUGAGUGAGCAUACUGCCUUGAUGGAAGAACUGAGAUGGGCAGUGCUGAAGCACCCUGGCCAAACCCCUGACUCUCAGCUCUGGGCAGUAUAGCCAGAUGGUGGAGACAGUGCAGGAAACGGGGUAACCUCCUCUUCUGGAGGCGGACUAGUGGGCGUUUCAGCAGCAAACUGUGCUAACAGAAGGGCAUUUGCUGCUGGGAGAAGUGCCUAAGUCCCAGAAGGAAGGAAAAGGACUCCCUGCAAAGCUAAGGCGCAUUUACAGACAGGUGAUGAUUGUCUGUGUGUCUUGUGGGCCUUCUGUCUCCGGCAUUUCUUGAGAAUCCCAUGGUGUGGCCUGGGCCCUGACACUCUUGCGCUGCUGAAGAUUCAUUAUGCACACGGCAAAGACACCCUCAGUGAAUGGGGCUGCUUCCAGGGGCUGAUUCCACUUGCCUUCCUUGCCCGGAGCACAGCUCCCCUGGGGCAAGCUUAAGUACAAUGUAAAUGCAGGGGGUGGAGCAGGCCUGGCCAGGAGUCACUGAAGACUACUUAAGUGAGAACCUGCUAAAAGCUCUCUCUUGCUUUAGAACAAACUAUAAUCUUGAACGGGAAGCUUCACUUUCUGCCUAAUGUGAUUUACAUGAGAACCAUUGCAUCAAGAGCAGCUGUGCCCUUCACACUAGAGAAAUCAGUCACUAGGCUGCUUCAAGCUUCUUGCGUUAUUCUAUACAUUACGCUCUAUUCUUCAUGUGCACACUUGUGAUCUUAACAGGUUGUGAUGCAGCACUAACAGAAACCUGCUUGGGAGAGCACUAGAUUUUGCUUUCUGCUUUUAUCUGUUGACCAAAGAACAAAUCAGGGAAAGGAAGGAUGAGGAGAUGGGAGGGAUGUAGGGGCCACAUGUGAACAGGAAGAGGAAAAAGAGAUAACACUGAACCAGUGCUGAAAGAACAGCUUCCAUAGAUGUGAAAUAGUCACAUAUGGUAUUUUCCAAACUACAGCUGUCAAAUCCUAAGUUUUUUUUUUUUUUUAAGAAUAGAUGGUAUUUAUUGCUGUGCCAAAAUUGUUUAUUUAAACUAGCUUUGUACUUGUAUAUAUGAAUAUCUUAUCUGAAUUCUGUCUGAUGAAGGAUGAAGGUGACUUUUUGAUGUAUUUUUAACUAAUGUGUUUGAGCAUGGAUGACUGUUCAUUUGUCUUUUGCAAGGAAGGCUAUAUUCCAAGUUAAAUAUACACAUUUUGUUGAAAAUGCAGUUCCAGUAGAAGUUUUUGUUGCUGUUUUCCCUUUGUUAUAACCUAGAGGGUCCUUCUUUUCUCUGGCAACUUGUUUUGAGUGAUGUGAUUUAUAGUAACCAGGGGCUUCUGAGAACUCAUUACCCAAAGUCUGGAUUUUUUCUCUACCAACUCCACACCAAGCCAAAUCUUGCCUGCAAACAUGAAGCUCUGGUGGCCACGGAGAAGAAAAUAUUUAUCAUGAUGAAAGGGCUGCAUGAACCUCCCAUCUUCCACUCCUUAAGGACUCAGUGUUGUCAGAAUGUGGUGUAUACUGUAUUUUAUAUUU